CGUUCGCAGUUACGGGAGCGGAAGGACGUGUGAUCGGAAAGCUCUUGAUUGUGAUCGGCGAGGCCGGGAAGAAGGAAGAGGACUUUUUAAGUCCAAUUUGUUUUUGUUUAUUCAAUUCUUUUGGAGAAGCAUCCAUUUUUCUUUUUCUUCCAUUUCGUUUUGAUUAAUUGUCGGGUGGAAGCUCGGCCACGUGAGACCUUCAUGUCUACAUCCUCCCAAAGCAAGUCCACACCACGGCUAUACCUAUCCUAAAUCCGUAACCCUGCUUAGUCACCCUGCUUAGUUCCCUUUACUCAUUAAGAAGAAAAGAAGAAGAAAGACUGCCAUCAAAAGAAGUUGGACGCAAGAGCCAAGCUGCUACGCGCCCUAACCCACAACAACAACAACAACAACAACAGCACUGAAUAGGAAUGAACGUUGGGAUGAAUUAAAUUUGGGUGAUUUAAAUGUUUUGUACGUUCUUUUGGCGAAAUAUUAGCCAUUUAUAUUGCUGAUGCGUGGGAAGAAUUAAAUAAUCUGAUUUCUGGCCGAGCAGUGAAAUCAGACCAUUUUGUUUCAUGCCAGUGAGGACUGAGGUGGACUUCAGCAGGUGGCCAUGAUCACCGUCCUGCUGCCGGAGGAGCUGACAAGGCAGCAGCAGGGCUCGCUGACAGGCCUGUUUGAACGCGACCCUCGCGACCCUCGUCGCGCCGCCUUGGUCGUCACGGGCCUCCAGUAUCGGCUGCCGGAGGCGCGCAGUCUCGGCUACCUCAUUAGCCCGGCGGACAGCCGAGACUUCUCCGGCGCCGUGUUCGCCUACCUGCACAACUAUGUGGUGAUCACGAACGGACGCGUGCCCCGCGUGCUGCGCUGUGUCAUCGACGGCCAGCCGGUGCCGGCCGAGUCGGUGACGCUGGCGCUCUACAGUCCGGCGGCGGUGCGCGGCGCCGACAUGCUCCGAGGAAGUCUGGCCGGAGUGGGAGCUGCGUGUGACGCGGCUGCUGGUAAUGCUCAGACGAACCACGCGUCUGCCGACGGUGUCGCGAACGGUCGUCGGGCCCCGCCGGCGCCGGACGGCUCGUGGGACCCUCUGCAGCUGAUGGUGCGCGCCGUGCUGGCCGCCGAGCCGGCGCCGGCGGCGCGCGCGCGCAUGCCGCUCGGUCUCGGUAUCGGCUGGCUGCAGUGGCUGGUGCUGGAGCUGUGCUCGCUGGCGUUCGUCGGCCCGCCGUGGCCGGCGGCGGCGGCCGGCGCGGCGGCGCUGCGCAUCGGCUGGCUGCAGUGGGCGCUGCUGGAGCUGGCGCUGCUCUGCCGCGUCUCGCAGCUGCACCGGCUGCUGGUCUGGCUGCGGGUGGACGUGCGCAGCGCCAGCCGCUCGCUGCUCUCGGCGCCGGCGCGCUGCAGCAGCCUGCUGGCGCAGUGUCUGCUCCGGCUGAGCCAGGUGGCGCGGCUGGCCAUGCACCGCGGCCGCUCGGUGGUCUGGCUCGGCUGCGUGUGCGCGCUGGUGUGUGAUGUGGCGCUGGGUGUUAUCCUUACACGGCUGGUGCAGCGUCGGCUCGACUCGGCCGCGCUCCUGAAGACGGUCACCGAGCUCUCCACGGGCGUGAUGUUGCAGCUGCAGUCGCUGCUGCAGUGGAUGAUGGGCGCGCCGGCCGGCCUGAAGCUGAACACGCCGCUCACCACGGCUCUGGGCAGCUUCUUCUUGUACCACGUGCAGCUGUGGGGCGCCUUCAUCACCCUGGUGACGCCCACCAUGAUCACAGCCAUCCAGCUGCUUCUACCGAUGGGCUACCUGGGAGCGUCGUUUCUGUUCAGCCUGCUGUCGGAUCUGCUUUCGCUGGCCACGUUCCACGUGUACUGUGUCUAUGUCUAUGCAACAAAGCUGUACCAGCUGGAGGUGCGGUGGCUGGUGCGACUGUGGCGGCUGUUCCGCGGCCGCCGCUGGAACCCCGAGAAGCAGCGCGUCGAGACGUGGCCCUACACGCUGGAGCAGCUGUUCCUGGGUACGCUCUGCUUCACCAUUCUGCUGUUCCUGUUCCCCACAGUGCUGCUCUACUAUGCCGUGUUUGUCGUGCUGCGUCUGACGGUGCUGGCGGCCGUGGGUCUCCUGACCCUGCUCAUCUACGUCAUCAACGUCAACCCGCUGCUGGUGGUGGUCAGCUGGCUGGCGCGCGCCAACUGCGUGGCCGGCAGUCUUCUGGUGACCGUUCUGCGCCAGGACCGGCGCAGUCUGGUCACCCGGGUGGAGCUGACCACUGCGCCGCUGGGCGAUACCCUGCGGUGGUUCUGGUGUCCGGCCGACCCGGGCCUGGCGCCGCUCCGCUGGGGCCAGCUGCUCGACUCACUGGUGCGCGGAAACCUGGUCUACCCCGUGUGACGCGAAGGAACACCGAGGGGAACCGCCGCUGAUGCAUGCAUGCUGUGAUAAUGGUCAGAGAGACUGGCAGACGUCGCCAACAGGUGCGGUAAGCUGCCAAAGUCGCGGGGAAGGGCUGGGUGGAAGUUGGCAUGACAGACAUUCACGGUUUGCGUUUGUAUGGGAAGUGUUUGGCGGGUGGUAGCGUUUGACUCCUACGUUGCCUUGGCCGGCUUGGGAUGGAGUUGACGCAGCCUUACGCCAGUUAUGUAAAGUUGAGAGUUCAGCUCACCCAGUGCCCGGCCGGUGGGGUUGUAUUGCUGUGCUGUGCGGUGCCAGUCUCGGAUUGUUCCAUUCCCAGCGGCUGUCGUGGCUGUCUCGAGGCCUCAUUCGUCGCGCUCAGGGCUGUGCUGGGUCGUCCCGGGUGACUCCAGGAGCCAUCUGCCGACGUCUUUCAUAGGCGAGCGACUCUAUAAGUCAUACUGAAGAUAAGCUGGUGUGGGUGGACAGAUUAAGCUCAAAGGCAGAAAGUAGUCGCUGUGUCUAGAAGGAGUUUGAAACUGGAGAUUAUUUAAUUCCAUGGGAAGAAAACAGUGGCCAGUGGGGGUGGGCUGUCUCCGGGACGAGUUCAGACAGUCAUGCUGGAUAGAGUUAGAAACCGUGUCCUUCGAGUCAAACCGCGCCGUUCUGAGUCAGAAUUCGUGCUCGUUCGAGUCAGCAGCCGUGCUGUUCUAGUGCUAAACCGGGUAAGGUGGAGUGCCUAGUCUGGCGCUGCGCGCCCCUCGCCGUUUUUGAGUGUCGUGAGUUACGAUUCACGAGAGGCUCAGACCGCCGCCCGGGGCCGUCGUCGGCCCGCGUAACGUCGAGUGUUUGUGAUGACGCGGCACCUGGUAAGUUUCCAGUGGCGCCGCGCGGCGUGUUUCCAGUGCUCCUCAAAUGCACACCGGGAGCUGUGUGUAACUACUGGUCGGUUUGAGGUGUACUGGGCUGUUCCGCAGUGAUUUAUUUGUCUUGACAUUAUGCAUAUCAUUCAUCAUCAUUAUAACCGCAUUGUGCGCAAUAUAGUUCAUUCCAUACAUA